UAUACAGUUAUGUCUUCAUCAUCUCCCCUGUUCAUCUCUAACGAUCUGAUUGCUGAGGUAUUAUCUCUUCUUAAAGUGAAAUCUGUUGUUCGAUUCAGAUGUGUUAGCAAGAAUUGGGAUACUCUCAUUUCCGAUCCCAGUUUUGUGAAAUUGCAUCUCAAGAAAUCAGCAAAACUAAAUCCUCACUUCUUACUCAUCACUGAACAUAGAACAUUUAUCCCAGGUGAGUCCCCCUAUGAAUGUGAGUAUGAAUGCUGUGUCAUUCCCUACUCUAUAAGCAGCCUACUCGAGAAUCCCUCGUUCGACCUUUCCGUCGACUCUUACGACAUGGUGCAACACAAAGAGUGCUCUAAAACGAUUGGUUCCUGCAAUGGGUUGGUCUGUUUAAUUGGUGAAUCUAACAUCCGUGAGUAUAAAGAGUACUGGUUCCGGUUAUGGAACCCAGCCACCAGGACGACAUCGCCAAAAUUUGGAUUCUUACGCUACCCUGCUAAUGACCAUUUCGAUUUUACCUUUGGUUAUGACAAAUCUACAGGCAAUUAUAAGAUAUUUGCCUCACCCUCACGUUACGUUUUUCGUAAAAGGAGAAGCGAGGUCAAAAUUCUAUGUUUGGGUGAUGAUGUUUGGAGAGAUAUUCAAACUUUCCCUGUUGAGCCCUUGUACUAUUCUCACACUGGGGUGUCUUUCAAAGGCACUUUUAACUGGUUGGCCAUUCGUAAUACAACUUUCUAUAACUGUAAUAGUUAUAAGGAUCUUACUGUUGAUCAAUUUUUGAUUGUUUCGCUUGAAUUGAGGACAGAGACAUACAAUCAGUACUUAUUACCUCCUGAAUUCGAUGAAGUUCCACCUAGACCUCCAGUUAUUUGUGUGUUGGGGGACUGUCUUUCUUUUUCUUAUUGUUCUAAAGAAACCCAUUUUAUUAUAUGGCAGAUGAAGAAAUUUGGGGUUCAAGAUUCUUGGUCUCAAUUUCUUAAAAUUGGUUAUCACAAUCUUCAAAUUGAAUAUGACUAUAGUGACGAAUAUUUAAAGUUUUAUUUUGAAUUGGUUCCAUUGUUUCUUUCUAAGGAUGGUGAUACACUUGUACUUACAGAAAGUCCACAAUACAAAGAAUUUCUCUAUAAUUGGAGGAAUGAUCAAGUAGUGCGAACAAAAAUUACUGCAAGUAAAACAACUACUACUACUACCGGUGAAACUUCGAAUUUGGUCUUAUGCUCAGCCAAUGGCUAUUUUGAAAGCUUAGUUUCAGUUUUUGGAGUAAUUAGGAGAAUCGCCAAGACCUAAUACAAUGUGGAAACUAAGAGCUUAGAAGAACAGCAGUGUCUAGUGAGGAUGAAUUCAGAGGAACAUGGUUUGAAUUAGUUUGGAUUUUAGAAUGAAAUUUGUCCAGGUGUUUUGGAACAUGAUUUUUUCAUGUACUUAGUUAUAAACCUCUUUUAUUUUUAACUAUGUUGAUUUGGAUAGGGAAAUUACAUUCAUUUGUUAUGUAUUUGUUGGAUUUUCAUCUUGCUUUUUAUAUUCAAAAAUUUCAGUUAAGGGCUGAAGCUGUUAGGUGAAUUCGGUUGUUUAUGUUUGAAUUAGUUGGGAGAGACUACAUAAUGUUGGCUUUUCUAUUUCAGCAACAAUUUGUCUUUCUUGUAACCAACUUUGAAGGCAUUUAUUCUUAGAGAAUUGUGAUAAUAAGUGUAACA